AGUACAGCCUUCACCUAAAGGAAAACAGAGCGCCCCCAGCCUCAUAGCCAAACAAGAUAUCAUCAAACUCCAUAAAUAAGUAAACGUGGUCGCGGUUUUCCCUAUAUCCUUUGCAAUAGCAAUACAAUACAUGUUCCCUUCUUUUAUCUAACAAAAACCCAAAACCAAUCCAAUCUUCCCUUUCCAUUACAAUUAUUCUCGACCGAAUUGGUGAUGGACUCUCUAACCCUCACCGGACUACUGAAACGCGUCGCCCUAGAGUUUCCUGACAAUCGAGCAGUUUCAGUUUCUGGAAAAUUUGACUUGUCACAUUCUCAGCUUAAUGAACUUGUUGAUCAGGCUGCUUCCCGACUUGUUGCCGCUGGGAUUAAGCCUUCCGAUGUUGUUGCCCUUACUUUUCCUAAUACCGUCGAGUUUAUAAUACUGUUUCUGGCCGUAAUCCGAGUCCGCGCCACGGCUGCGCCGCUUAAUGCAGCCUACACAACUGAAGAAUUUGAGUUCUACUUAUCAGACUCAGAGUCCAAACUCUUACUAACCCCACUGGAAGGCAACAGCUCUGCUCAAUCUGCAGCUUCCAAGCUCAACAUCCCUCAUGCCACCGCUGUAUUGCCCGCAGCCGAUUCUGAGCUGUCUCUUUCACUCCCUGAAUCAGACUUUAACUCGCUUUCUCAGCUCACUGACGAGCCAUCCGAUGUGGCUCUGUUCCUCCACACCUCUGGCACCACAAGCAGACCCAAAGGGGUGCCAUUGACACAACUCAAUUUAGCUUCCUCUGUCAGAAACAUAAAGGCGGUGUAUAAGCUCACUGAAUCUGACUCUACCGUUAUAGUCCUGCCUUUAUUUCAUGUUCACGGAUUGGUAGCCGGGUUAUUGAGCUCACUCGCAGCUGGAGCCGCGGUGGCUCUUCCUGCCGCGGGCAGGUUCUCAGCUUCAACAUUUUGGAAAGAUAUGGUUAAAUACAGUGCUACGUGGUACACUGCUGUUCCCACCAUUCAUCAAAUCAUACUGGAUCGCCACCUGAAUAAUCCUGAAGCCGAUUACCCAAAACUCCGGUUCAUUCGGAGCUGUAGUGCGUCUCUUGCACCUGCUAUAUUGGAUAGGCUGGAGGAGAACUUUGGGGCACCGGUGUUGGAGGCAUAUGCAAUGACAGAGGCUACCCAUUUGAUGUCAUCAAACCCGUUACCGGAAGAUGGCCCGCAUAAGGCCGGGUCGGUUGGAAAACCUGUGGGUCAAGAGAUGGCAAUAUUGGAUGAAAAUGGGGUGGCUCAAAAGGCUAAUGCUAGUGGGGAGGUGUGCAUAAGGGGUCCAAAUGUGACCAAGGGAUAUAAAAAUAAUCCUGAGGCUAAUAAGGCUGCAUUUCAGUUCGGGUGGUUUCACACAGGAGAUCUUGGUUAUCUUAAUUCGGAUGGUUAUUUGCAUCUGGUGGGUAGGAUUAAGGAGCUCAUCAACCGUGGAGGGGAGAAAAUAUCACCAAUAGAAGUGGACGCAGUUCUUUUAUCUCAUCCAGAAAUUGCUCAAGCUGUUGCUUUUGGAGUCCCCGAUGACAAAUAUGGCGAAGAGAUAAAUUGUGCAAUAAUUCCUAGAGAUGGAUCCAACAUUGACGAGGCAGAGGUCCUGAGAUAUUGCAAAAAGAAUCUGGCAGCUUUCAAAGUGCCCAAGAAGGUGUUCAUCACAGACACUCUACCAAAGACAGCCAGUGGUAAAAUCCAAAGACGAAUUGUAGCUGAGCACUUCCUUGCUCAAAUUUCAACUGCUAGAGUCCCCAAGUUUGGAGCCUAAACGGACAAACUGCUACUCAAUUUCAAUCUGCUUACUGUGCCCAGAUAUUUUGGGGAACCCAUUAAUUAUGCUAGCAGAUAUGAAGUUAGACCUGUAAGAAAUUAGAUGAUGUCUAUAUUCAAUGCACUUUAAAGUAUAAUCUGGUAAUUUAUUUAUGUAAUAUUAAUUAUUAUUAUAGUCUAAAAUGUUUAAUGAAACCUUGUCCAUUUUAUUUA